AUGGCCGAACCAACCGAAAAGGAAAAGAUGCUUCGCGGCGAGCUCUUCCGCGCCUUUACACCCGACCUGGUCGCAGCGCGGGCCCGCUGCAAAUACGCCUGCAACCGUUUUAAUAAAACGGAUGAAGUGCCUCGCCGAAGGCUAGUCGAGCUAUGGAGAGAUAUCGUUGACGAUCAAACACCACUUCCCGCCCAACUCGACGACCCCGUUGCCGACGAAGAACAAUUCAGAAACGAGCCAUGGAUUGAAGCACCCGUCAAGGUGGAUUACGGGUUUAACGUGACGCUGGGCGAAGGCGUCUUUGUCAAUUUUAACUGUGUUUUUAUUGAUAGCUGUCCUAUCACUGUUGGUGCGCGCACGAUGUUCGGACCGAAUGUCAAUUUGUUUGCGGGGACGCAUCCAUUGGAUCCUGCUUUGAGGAAUGGGACUGAGGGGCCGGAGAUGGGCAAGCCGAUCACUAUCGGGGAGGAUUGUUGGAUAGGAGGAAAUGUGAUAGUGCUUCCUGGUGUCACUAUUGGGAAGGGGGUGACUAUUGGGGCGGGGAGUGUGGUCACUAAGGAUGUUCCGUCGUUUCAUGUGGCUGCUGGAAACCCGGCUAAGAUCAUUCGCAAAAUUGAGACGUCUAUGACUGAAUGA